UUAUUUUUUUUAAUUCCCCCCCCCCCACCCAAGUGUGUGUCUAAAAACACCAGUCAGUAUCAAAGUAGAACCACAACAAUCAUUUCCAUGUGUGCUGUUCAUCUUAUAACGAUACACAAAGGCUUCUUUUGCAAUCAGGACAUGGAUGCAGUAUGUGGAGGUAUAAGCACUAUUUAAUUAGUCUAAUGCAUUUAUGGCUGCUAAUCAGGUUUAGUCAAGCUGGGUCAGCUCUGCAUCUGCCUCUCAGUAAGCAGCCGAUUGUGUUAGCGUCGUAGAACACAUGUAUUCUGCUUCACUUUCUUUACCUUUACGCACUCAUGGAUUGGGCUAAACACAAUUAAUGGGAAUUAUAUCGCCUCUGUCCAAUAUAAUUCCAAAGGUAAGUGUUGAGUGAACUUACUACUGCUUUCUGGUGCAGAAUGCAGACCCUGAUGCCGCACGUUCCCGUUCCGCGACCCGCUUACUCCCAGGCCCGGGAGAACCUGGUGAAGGCGAUUCCCCCCAAGCUGCUGUGUCUGCUGGCCUGUGGUGGUGUGGACUGCCGUUAUGAGGGACCAGAAUGUUGGAAAGCCAACCAGCAGGUCAUCAGAGGCAUUUUCUCAUCAUGGGUGACUGAUGACAUCAUCGCCAUGGCACGACCAUCCAAAAGCUUGAUGGACAAAUACAACAUCAUCAAGCAAUUCCAAAGAUUAAACAUCAGAUCCAUCAUAAACAUGCAAAUCCCAGGUGAGCACGCUCACUGUGGCCCCCCCCUGGAUCCCAAAAGUGGCUUCACCUAUUCGCCACAGACCUUCAUGGAGAAUGACAUUUACUUUUACAACUUUGGCAUGCCAGACUUCUACGUAUCGUCGCUGGUCAGCAUAAUAGAUGGAGUGAAGGUGCUGGCCUUCGCGGUGGGGGAAGGGAGGGUUGCGGUGCACUGCCACGCAGGCCUCGGCAGAACAGGGGUCUUAAUAGCCUGCUACUUAAUCUACACUUUGCGCAUCAGUCCCAGCGAGGCCGUACACUAUGUGCGCAUCAAGAGGCCGCGCUCCAUCCAAACGCGAGCGCAGAUCAGCCAGGUGUUCGACUUUGCUCGCCUGCUUGGCACGCAGCUGGUUCAGUACCCAGACCUCAGCCUCCGACAUGGAGCCCCCGUCACCCUCCAGCACUACCUCAACCGCCAGGCGCUCCUAUUGCACGGCCAGGAGGCCCGCACGCUCAGAUACAUACCCAAGGUGGUGUACCUCCUGUGUGUGCACCUCUCCUGCUUGUCUAUGGGACUCCCCGCAGCUCCGGAGAUAAAUGCUGAAUUGGAGAAGAGGUCAGCAUUGAGGAUCUUGACCAGAGUGGUGAGGGAGACCCUGGAGUCCAAACAGUUCCUGCCCUUGCUGAGUGAGGGCCACAACAUCCCACGGGUGGGCUCAGGCUCCGUGUCCUCCUGGGAUGAGCCACUGGGAUUCUUGGAGAGGAAAAGGGACUUGCUUCUGGACAAGCGUAGCUACAGUGACUCUGACCUCAGCAAGAUGGUGGAUCUGGAGAGGAGUCCCUGGUGUACAUCGGAUGCGAUAGGAUCUGAUCUGAGACUGCUGAGCGCCAAGACUGCCUCACUCUCAUCACAGCUGAUCACCAAGAACUUUCAUACACAUAAUAUGCAGCCAAGCAAUAACUCUGCUAGGAAGUUAAAACGCACAGCUAAAAAGGCUCAAUCCAAGUACAGCUCCAACAUUGAGUUGUGCAGGAGUACACACAAUCCACGCCCAACGUCAGUGGCUCGCACCAUUGCCAAAGCGAUGGCAGACCAAGGUCCACCAGAAGAAACCAUUCUGCAGCGAUCAUUUCUUCUACAGGAGGAACUGAACAGCAGCGAAUGUGGCUGGGCUCUUUUGGUGACAGAGUUAGAUCCUCGGGUUCUCGCGUAUCUGCUGUGGACCUGGCUGGAGAAGCUAAAUGAGCCUGUUCUUGGUGCUGAGGAAUUAGCAAGAUUGAGUUGUGCGGGAAGCAACAGGCAGCCUCUAGAUAUGCUCAAGAAGGAAUUGGAGAAAAAGCUACCAACUACUCAUUCCUUUCCCUUUAAAAGACAUAGCUCAAAAGAUAAGGUCUUCUUUGGGGCCAGUAGCAAUGGAGACGUGAGACUUCUCAGCUCUGAAAUAUUGGAAUUUUUGGGUGUAAGACAGAAAAACAAUGUGGCAAUGUCAAGGCAUCAAGGCACCAGAAAAACCAUAGUACUUGGAUCCUUUUGGAAAGCAUCCAAUCAAGUCAGCCCUACCCUUCUCAUAACCUUUAAGGGGCCUAAUAGCCCUCUUCUGCUGUCUCUUUCUUGGUGUUAUCUUCACUUCUGCUACAUGUAAGAAAUGUAAACCAUCAUGUAGAGAAAUAUUUGUAAAUUGUGGUGCUGAAUCACUAUUUUAUUCACAACCAUGAAGAAAAACCCACAUGAUUCUUCUGGAUUUUUAUUUUCUCAUUAUGACAAGCUGUUCCAGCAUUAACACUCUGGGCUGUGUAAUCACACAAAAUUUCAAUAAAGUAAAUAAAUGUUGAACUUGGAGCUGGUUAUUCAGAGUAGCAUUGGAUUAGUCUUGAUGUCAUGCAGGCAAACAUCCAGGAAGAGAACACUUUUGGCCUGGUUAAAUGCUGCCUGGAGUAGAGCUAACACCAGGAAGUGGUCUGAUGUCUGAUUCCACUGUAUUUUCAAAUCCAGAAAUGUCUGGUGCAAAGAGUUGUUCGUAAUCAUACAGUAAUGUCC